AUGGCCGCGCAACUCAGCUUGUACCCUCUCCUGACCCGCAUUGCCAACCGCGCAGAGGCCGCUCCGGAUGCGCUGGCCAUCACCGAUGUCCCGCACGGUGUCACGGUGGACUACCGCUCCCUGGCGCACGACGUUGUGCGGCUCGCCGUCGACCUCGUGGACGCAGCGUCCCCUGCCCCCGGGACAGACCUGCAGGAGCAGCGAGUCGCCAUUCUGUGCGACAAGGGCUACCUAGUCCCGCUCUCGCUGCUGUCCAUUUGGGCCGCAGGCGGCUUCGCCCUCCCCGUGCUCGCGAGCCUGCCCCUCGCGGAGCAACGGUAUCUCAUCGACAAUGCCGACUGCGCGUUGAUCAUCUGUGACCGCGCGAACCGCCACCGCGCUGACGAGCUCGCUGGGAACAAGCCAGCCGGCAGCGAACCUUGCAAUGUCCUCGAGAUGUCCCUCGAGCGCAUCCGCGAGCCGCGCGAUGACCUCCCAGACCCGCAGGACUCGGCCAAGCUCCUCCUCUCCCGGCCGCAGAUUGACGGUGAACGCCGAGCCAUGAUGCUGUACACGUCCGGAACGACCGGUCGGCCAAAGGGUGCCGUCACGCGACACUCUGCGCUCUCGGCGCAGGUGGAGAGUAUCGUGACGGCGUGGCGAUGGACCGAGGCGGAUAACCUCCUCCACAUCCUGCCCCUCAACCACCUGCACGGUAUCUGUGUGGCGCUGCUCCCGUCCCUGUGGGCCGGUGCGCAUGUCGAGCUCUGGAGCAAGUUUGACGGACAAGCGAUUUGGAAGCGGUGGAUCAACGAGGACCGUCGGGUGCCGGUUACAAUGUUCUUUGGCGUCCCCACCGUGUACUCGCGUCUCAUCACUGCCCACGCUUCCCUAUCGCCUGACGAGCAGGUGGCCGCUACAAAGGGCUCGGCGUCGCUGCGCCUGCAGGUCUCGGGCUCGGCCCCGCUGCCAGUUUCGGUCAAAGCCGCAUGGGAGCGUCCUGGCGGUGUCGGAGGCGGCCAGGUCCUUCUUGAACGCUACGGCAUGACCGAGACGGGGCUCAUCGCUACCACCGGUUGGGAGAACGACAAACGCGUGGGCGGCUAUGUCGGCAAUCCGAUGCCCAACGUCGAGAUCCGCCUGUUCGACCUCGACACCAACGCCGUCGUCGACACAGCCGACACGCCCGGCGAGGUCCAGGUCCGCGGACCGGGAAUCACAAAGGAGUACUGGCGCCUCCCCGAUGCCACCGCCAAGGAGUUUAUCGAUGGGUGGUUCAAGACCGGCGACAUCGCCGAGCGAUGCGGCGCCGCGGGUCCCGCACACAACAUGUACCAUAUCCUCGGCCGCAACAGUGUCGACAUUAUCAAGAGCGGUGGCGAGAAGAUCAGCGCUGUCGAGAUUGAGCGCGCCAUUCUCGAGCUGCCGGAUAUCCAGGACGCGGCAGUUGUCGGCGUCGCAGAUGAGGAGUGGGGCCAGGUGGUUGCUGCCUGUAUCGUCACCUCGCGCGCGCAGCUCACGCUCGAACAACUGCGUAACGAGUUGCGUUCCGAGAUCGCGUCGUUCAAGCUGCCCCGUAAGCUCAAGGUGGUGGACGUCAUCCCCCGUAACGGGAUGGGUAAAAUUCAAAAGAAACAAAUCGUGGAGCAGCAAUUCGGUCCCGAGGCCAUCGAUACGGAGCACGCCAAAAACCGCUUCCUACCAUGCCUCGUCUCCCUCACGCUUCAUUCAAUGCUAUCCGGCCGUCCACGAGAGGUUCUGGACAUCAUCCAAAAGGCAAAAGAGAAGCUGAAGCUGUUGCUUGAGCUGUCGAAGCCUAGUAUGGGGCUCGAACCCAUGACAUUUUGA